AUGACGGUCUCUUCCUCCAUGUCAUACUUCGGCACCGCCCUUUUGUCGUUGUUGGCGUUGAAUAACUCGCUGGCCGGAGCAUACCGCUGGUUCAAUUGGCAAUUUGACGUGACAUGCGAGGCCACGGGUCUAUUCGUGCCUAGCGACGAAUCGGAUCUCAUUGACUUCGUCAAGGAUCAUUAUCCGCGACGGACCAUGAUAAAACCUGUUGGGAAUGGUCACGGCUUCGGAAAUCUCACAACAUGUGUCAGCGAUGGAGAGACCAAGCGAGAUUCCUAUAUUGUCAGCCUGACCAAUUUGAAAGAGCUACACGUUCACAAGAACAACAACACUGUCACCUUUGGCGGUGGCUGGGAUCUCAUUGACUUGAUCCCAACUCUCCACCAUCAUGGCCUCCAGGUGUCCAAUCUCGGCAGUGAGAUGGUUCAAAACUAUAUCGGUGCUGCAACUACAGGCACCCAUGGAACCGAAAAACAAAAACAAAACAUUGCAAGCCAGAUCCUUGGUCUAUCUGUGUUGGAUGCCACGGGGAAAAUGCAUGUCAUAGACAAGGAACAGACUCCGGAUCUUCUCAACGCCUAUACCAUUGCUAUCGGAGCCCUAGGGGUUAUAACCAAGGUCACAAUUCAGGCUGAGCCGGUUUCAUAUCUGAAGCGAACCUCAAAAGUAGUAGAGAGACCUUCGAACAUCACUCAGCUUUACCAAACCAUUGCGGGAUUUGCCGAAAAGUAUGAGCAGGUUAACAUUCUUGGCCCUCACUUGGACUGGGACCCAGCCACCAAAGAGCCCGUGCCUCGGACCAACAUCACACUGGUCUAUUGGGUGGAAACCAACUUCAGUGGAGUUCAAAACUGCUCCACGGACUUCUGCGCAAACGACUGCGCCCGCUGUGACCGCAGCUAUUUCUGCUACGAUUACAAAAUGAACGCGAUCGCCACACCUCCAACAGGCAUCUGUUAUCGCGGCUUCAUGGGCCAGUUUGAACAUUUCUUUCCAAUGGAGAAUCUCGCUGCAGCGGGUACCGAUUACUUCAACUAUGCCCGGGCCCAGGGUUCUCGUUUGGAGCCAUAUCUUACAGGCAACACCCUGACCGACGGUGUUAAGGGGUAUGAGAGCGACGAUGUCACUGUGAUCACCAGAUUUGUCAAGGGUGACAAGCACUGGUUGUCUCCUGUCAACACUGACAAUCUGGCGCACAAUGCCAGUGGAAUAUUCGCCACAUUGGGGUAUUCCUGGCUUCCUACCUAUAACAACUUCACCACGCAGUGGUUCUUCCAGGACCUGCGAGCUAGUACAUUCCGAAGUUCGGCGAGAAGUACAAUAUCCACCUAUGCUUCCACUAUCUACACGAAGGUUGAUGACUGGCUCGAGAUCCAGAAAAAGAACUAUCCGCAUUGCCAGUUUCUCAAUGAGCUUUUGAUUGAUGCUCUGGGGAUUGAUCGUUGUAAGACCCUGUUCAAUUAG